CCUCUCCGGCCGGGCGGAGAGGGCUGGGGGCGGGGAGCCGGAGGGCCAGCCCGGGAGCGCAGUACGCAGUAACGAGCUCACGCACUCCUUCGAGGGGGGCACAGCUGAAGGAGGAUUCAUCAGACCGAUAACUCGGGCUGAGGAGCGCGUGUAAGAGGGCCUGGCACCCUGAAUCCUGCUUGUCUAUGAAAUGCAGUUAAUACACCAGCUGGACCUAUUUCCUGAAUGCAAGGUGACUCUUCUGUUAUUUAAUGAUGUCAAAAAUGCUGGAGACCUGAGAAAAAAGGCCAUGGAAGGUGCUAUUGAUGGUGCAUUAAUAAACCCUAAGGUGAUUGUCGAUCCAUUUCAGAUACUUGUGGCAGCAAACAAAGCAGUUCAUCUCUACAAACUGGGAAAAAUGAAGACAAAAACUCUAUCAACUGAAAUUAUUUUCAAUCUUUCCCCAAAUAACAAUAUUUCAGAAGCUUUGAAAAAAUUUGGUAUCUCGGCAAAUGACACUUCAAUUCUAAUUGUUUACAUUGAAGAGGGAGAAAAACAAAUAAAUCAAGAAGACCUAAUAUCUCAGAUAGAAGGUCAUCAAGUUUCCCUGAAAAAUCUUCCUGAUAUAACAAAUAUUACAGAAGUCAAAAAGAUAUAUAAACUAUCUUCACAAGAAGAAAGUAUUGGAACAUUAUUGGAUGGUAUUAUUUGUAGAAUGUCAACAAAAGAUGUUUUGUAAAAUGACAGAAAUAUUAAAAUUUUUCA